GACACAGACACGGACUGGCAGCGGGGGGAGACUUGUUAACGAUGCAUCGGAAGCUUAACGCAGCAGUAGCGACGCUACCGAGUCUUACCGGGACAGCAUCGACGUGAAGACAAGAGACAGAAGGCGUGAUCCGUUAUAAAACCUCGGUCCGGGUCGUUGGUGGGGUUUUUUUCUCUCUUUUUUUGCGCGUUCAACAACUUGAAACAUCCAACUAACAGACAGUCGUGCAGAGAGGAUGCGAGAGAGAGGGGGACGGAGAGGUGUCAUCUGUGUCUCGGGUUUCAUGUGAAGAUGGUCGGAACACAGGGGUGAAAUCUGCAUGUUUUUUUGUUUUUUUUUCCUUUGGAAGGGACCUGGUACUAAAGCCCGAAUUCCUUCGUACUCACGCGCUCCCGGUGCAGACAACCGGCUUGCGCGAUCGUGCGCUGCAUACUAAGCGCUGAGCCACGCCACUCUUCUCAAGUGCGUCAAGCCCUAAAUGCGCUCGUGACUGCGUUUAAACGCGUCUGCAAAUAAAGGUCCUGUUUCAAAUCCGGGACUGCAGCCUCGGUUCCCAGUUUUUGUAAACGGUAGGAAGUGAAAUUUUGGCACUGAACCAAAUGUUUGAUUUCAGAAUAAGACAAGCCACAUGACAUGCGAUCGUGGCGCGUGCGGGAUUUAGCGCGUUCCACUGACAACGUUUGCCUGGAAAGCAACUGUUUGACUUUAUUCCUGAAACAUGCAAAUCAGUGAUCAUUCUCAACCCUGCACGGCGAGACGCGUAGUGGGAACGCGAGGGGCGAGCUAAGGGCCUGCAAGUGGCGUGCCGGCUGGCCAAUCACAUGGCGCAUUGCUGCGAGACUGAGCCCCCCCAUUGGUCGCUGGUGGCGGGGAUCUGCGCAAAAGAAGGCACCCGCGCGCACUGGUUGUGCAGAAGUCGAUGAGGAGGCAGUGCUGGGCAUCUCGGCACCUCUGCUGCACGCGCUCAUACGGAGAGAGGUAACGGGAAGAUUUCAGCGGACGCCUAGAAAGUUCGGCUCCGGGAUUCUAUGCUUUGUCUGUGGGGAGUUCAUGACGGUGCUAACCGGACCCGGGGAUUUUUUUGUUUGUUUGUUUUUUUUUUCUGGGUCUUGUCACGGGUUUAACGGAUAUGUGCAUUUGACGGGCUUCGCGAUGUUUGGCUCUGGUGCACGGACUGUCGAAUCCCGGUGACUGCGAGAGUGCGGGAUCAAAUGGCCGGUUCUGCUCGCGCCUACGGCGACAUGGUCUCGGGUUCACAGCGCGCGCCAGCGGAGAUUUCUCGCCGUAGUGGGAAGUAGCAACGAGCGAUUUUUUCCGCGAACGGAUGCGAUGGGCAGCCCCUAGUCCGCGCGGAGAACGGACACGCGUCUAAGAGGGAGGGUGUGUGUGUGUGAGAGAGAGAGAGAGAGAGAGAGAGAGAGAGAGAGAGGGAGAGAGAGAGAGAGAGAGAGAGAGAGAGAGAGAGAGUGGAGGAUAACACCAGCUCACUUGUUGUUUGGACAUGAUCUUGCUAUUUGUCUUGUUCUCGGUUGUGGAUGGCGGGCUAUCGCAGCUGCACUACUCGGUACCGGAGGAACAGGAGCGCGGAGCGAUCGUGGGGAAUAUCGCCGAGGAUCUGGGGCUGGACAUAACCAAACUUUCCGCGCGCCGCUUUCAGACGGUGCCGAGUUCACGCACGCCGUAUCUGGAAGUGAACUUGGAGAACGGAGCGAUCGUGGUGAACGAACGCAUUGACCGAGAGGAGAUAUGCCGACAGACCGUGCCGUGUCUCCUUCAUCUCGAGGUGUUUUUAGAGAACCCGCUCGAGCUUUUCCGCGUGGAGAUAGAGGUGCUGGAUAUUAACGAUAAUCCGCCGAGUUUCCCAGAGACCGACAUCACCGUGGAAAUCACCGAGAGUGCUACGCCGGGUACCCGCUUCCCGGUGGAGAACGCAUUCGACCCAGACGUAGGCACCAAUGCCCUGAGCACGUACGCCAUCACGAACAACAAUUACUUUUACUUGGACGUACAGACACAGGGCGAUGGAAACAGGUUCGCAGAGCUCGUGCUGGAAAAACCGUUAGACCGCGAGCAGCAGGCUGUUCACAGGUACGUGCUCACCGCCGUCGAUGGAGGGCAACCGCAACGAACAGGUACCGCGCUCCUCGUGGUUAAGGUGCUGGACUCCAACGACAACGCACCGGUUUUCGAUCAGUCCGUGUAUUCCGUGAACCUGCGCGAGAACUCUCCAGUCGGCACGCUCGUGAUCCAGCUGAACGCCACGGAUAUGGACGAGGGCCAAAACGGAGAGAUUGUUUACUCGUUAAGCAGUCACAAUCCGCCGCGCAUUCGGGAUCUGUUUAACAUCGACUCGCGCACCGGACGGAUUGAAGUCACCGGAGAAGUGGAUUAUGAGGAGAGUGGCACGCAUCAGAUUUACGUCCAGGCGAAGGACCUGGGACCGAACGCAGUGCCCGCGCACUGCAAAGUUCUGGUCAAACUAAUCGACGUGAACGACAACACGCCGGACAUCACAUUCAGCACCGUUACUGAGUCGGUGAGCGAAAGCGCAGCCUCGGGCACGGUGAUCGCCAUGCUGAGCGUCUCUGACCGGGACUCCGGCGAGAACGCGCAAAUGACCUGUGAGCUGCGCGGCGACGUGCCGUUCAAACUCAAAUCGUCCUUCAAGAACUAUUACACCAUCGUGACGGACGGUCCGCUAGACCGCGAGAGCGCCGAGUCUUACACGCUCACGGUGGUGGCGACGGAUAAAGGGGCGCCGUCCCUCACCGCGAGCAAGUCCAUCAAAGUGCACGUGUCGGACGAGAAUGACAACGCACCCCGCUUCACGCAGGCGAUUUAUGACGUGUACGUAACGGAGAACAACGUGCCGGGCGCGUACAUCUACGCCGUGAGCGCCUCGGAUCCGGACGUCGGACUAAACGCUUAUGUGACUUACUCCAUAUUGGAGCGCGAGAUCCAGGGCAUGUCCGUUCUGACUUACGUCUCGAUCAACUCCGAGAACGGAUAUCUUUACGCGCUGCGCUCGUUCGACUACGAGCAGGUCAAAGAGUUUACGUUUAUGGUUCAAGCGAAAGACUCCGGGACGCCCGAGCUGAUAACGAACGCCACCGUUAACGUCAUCAUAGUGGACCAGAACGACAACGCGCCGAACGUGAUCGCCCCGCUGGGCAAAAACGGUACCGCGAGAGAACACUUACCCCGCUCGGCGGAGCCCGGAUACCUGGUAACGCGCAUCGUCGCCACAGACGCGGACGACGGAGAGAACGCGCGGCUCUCGUAUAGCAUCCUCCGGGGGAACGAGCUCGGCGUGUUCCGUAUGGACUGGAGGACCGGCGAGCUGCGCACCGCGCGCCGCGUGUCCAAAAAACGGGACCCGCCACACCCUUACGACCUGUUGAUCGAAGUGCGAGACCAUGGACAGCCUCCCUUGUCGUCCUCCGCAAGCGUCAACGUCGCGCUCGUGGACAGCGUGGUGGAGGGGCGUGGCGGGGAGCGGGGUUCGGUGAAGUCCAAAGAGGGCUCGCUGGACCUCACGCUCAUCCUCAUCAUCGCGCUCGGCUCCGUGUCCUUCAUCUUCCUCCUGGCGAUGAUCGUGCUGGCCGUGCGUUGCCAGAAAGACAAAAAGAUAAACAUCUACACGUGCCUGGCGGGAGACUGCUGUCCCUGCUGCGGCCCGUGCUGCAGUCGCGGGGCGCGCGGGCGGAAAAAGAAGCUGAGCAAGUCAGAUAUCAUGCUCGUGCAGAGCACGAACGUGGCCAGCACGGCGCAGGUACCAGUGGAGGAGUCGGGGACUUUUGGCUCACGCCACCAGAACCAGAACUACUGCUACCAGGUGUGCCUCACGCCCGAGUCCGCCAAGACCGACCUGAUGUUCCUCAAGCCGUGCAGUCCUUCGCGGAGCACGGACGCCGAGCACAGCACGUGCGGGGCUAUCGUCGCCGGUUACGCCGACCAGCAGCCGGAUAUCAUAUCCAACGGGAGCAUCUUAUCCAGCGAGACCAAACACCAGAGGGCAGAACUCGGUUACCUGGAUAGACCCCGUCGUGUUAACAGCUCAGCGUUCCAGGAGGCGGAUCUCGUCAGCUCUAAAGACAGUGGUCAUGGAGACAGUGAGCAAGGAGACAGCGACCACGACGCCACAAACCGGGGCCACACUGCCGGAGCUGACCUCUUCUCUAACUGCACGGAGGAGUGUAAGGCUCUCGGUCACUCUGACCGCUGUUGGAUGCCUUCAUUCGUGCCCGGCGACGGUCGCCAAGGCGCAGAUUAUCGCAGCAACCUGCACGUGCCUGGGAUGGAUGCGGUGCCGGACAGUGAGCACGUAACAGGAUUUCCUAGCACAUUCCAGCUGGACAUGUCGGAGACGUCGUGAUCAGAGACGUUGUGAUCUUUGCACAGUAAAGCAAGUGGCCAAAAGCAUCCUGGACAUUUGUUUUCUUCUUUCUUUCGUUCUUUUCUCUCUCCUCCGUUGUCGUGGGUUUUACGCCACACUGUUGCUCCAUGGCAGAUGCAGCAGGUCCCGCGGGAGAUAAGCUGCCUUUAGGACCCAGAGGAGACCCUUCAGGACCGACAGAGGAACCAGCAAGACACUCAAGGAGAGGGAGAAUUCGAGGAGUUGAGCGCGAAGGGUUAAAUGGAACAAAAGACACCAAUGGGGGACGGUUUCUGAGACACGGACAUAUGUCUCUGUUUCUCUCUCCCUCCAUCUCUCUCCCUCCAUCUCUCUCUCCUUCCAUCUCUCUCUCCUUCCAUCUCUCU